GCCGGGGACGCGCUCCCGCCGCCCCCUCCGCCGCAGCCGGGAGCGGGCGGAGCCUGCGCGGCGCCGCCGGUUUUUCCCCUCCGCAUCCCUCCCGCCGCGCCAGCUGGGGAAGCGACCGCGCUCCUGCCUGGGCUGAGCGGGAUCGGGCGGAGAGACCGGAGGCGCCGUCACCUGGCGCUGCGGCGGGGGCGGGGCGCGGCGCUGUGUCUGCGGCAGCCCCGGGGCGCUGCUCGGCCGCUUAAAGCAGCGGAGCCGCCGGCCGGGAGGGGCGUUCGGAGCAGUGGCGGCCGCGGAGCGAGGGGAAGGCAUGGAGGGCAAGGAUCUGGCAGCGGGGUCCGCGGGGGAUGAGGGCUCCAAGGAUGCGCUGGGCAAGCCGCUGGGUCCCACGCCGAGCCAGAGCCGCUUCCAGGUGGACCUGGUGGCCGAGGGGCCCCGCAAGUCGUGCGGGGACAUCGGCGCGGCGGGUAAGGGAGGCGAGGAAGCCAAGGGCAGGUUUCGGGUGAACUUCGUGGACCCGUCGGCCGGCGGCGAGAGCCCCGGCGAGCCCGGGGGAGGCAGCUCGGAGGGCGGCAACGUGAGCGGCGUCCAGAACGGCGGCGACACGGUGAUGAGCGAGGGCAGCCUGCACUCGGGCGGGCACCACCACUACUACUAUGAUACCCAUACCAACACCUACUACCUGCGCACCUUCGGCCACAACACCAUGGACGCCGUGCCCCGCAUCGAUCACUACCGGCACACGGCCGCCGACCUGGGCGAGAAGCUGCUCCGGCCCAGCCUGGCCGAGCUGCACGAUGAGCUGGACAAGGAGCCCUUUGAGGAUGGCUACGCAAAUGGUGAGGAGGGCACACCAGCUGGGGAUGCAGCUGCUGCUUACACACCUGACAGCAAAGGGGUGGUCAAGUUUGGCUGGAUUAAAGGUGUGCUGGUACGAUGUAUGUUAAAUAUUUGGGGUGUGAUGCUCUUCAUCAGACUAUCAUGGAUUGUAGGACAAGCUGGGAUAGGUCUCUCUGUCUUGGUGAUUGGAAUGGCCACUGUUGUGACGACUAUUACAGGAUUGUCUACUUCAGCAAUAGCCACAAAUGGAUUUGUAAGAGGAGGAGGAGCAUACUACUUAAUUUCCAGAAGUCUGGGGCCAGAGUUUGGUGGUGCCAUAGGUCUUAUUUUUGCAUUUGCCAAUGCUGUGGCAGUGGCAAUGUAUGUCGUUGGUUUUGCAGAGACUGUUGUUGAGUUACUCAAGGAAAAUGGAACGUUGAUGAUCGAUGAAAUGAAUGAUAUCAGAAUCAUAGGAGCUAUCACAGUGGUUAUACUGCUGGGCAUUUCCAUUGCAGGAAUGGAGUGGGAAGCAAAAGCACAGAUAGUCCUGCUGGUGAUCCUCAUUCUUGCUAUUGGAGACUUUGUCAUAGGAACAUUUAUUCCUCUGGAGAGCAAGAAGCCCAAAGGUUUCUUUGGUUACAAUGCCGACAUAUUCAUGGAGAAUUUUGGGCCGGAUUUCCGACAAGAGGAAACUUUCUUUUCUGUGUUUGCUAUUUUCUUCCCUGCUGCAACUGGCAUACUUGCUGGUGCAAAUAUCUCAGGGGACCUUGCGGAUCCUCAGUCAGCCAUACCUAAAGGAACGCUGUUGGCCAUCUUAAUCACUACAUUGGUUUACGCAGGAAUUGCAGUAUCUGUAGGUUCCUGUGUAGUUCGAGAUGCCACAGGGAACGUUAACGACACCAUUGUCAACGAGCUGGCAAACUGCACUAGUGCAGCCUGCAAACUAAACUAUGACUUCUCAUCCUGUCAGCCUCAGGCAGGGGCAGAGUGUCACUAUGGGCUGAUGAACAAUUUCCAGGUCAUGAGCAUGGUAUCAGGAUUUGCACCACUGAUUACUGCAGGUAUUUUCUCAGCCACACUGUCAUCUGCAUUAGCAUCUCUUGUGAGUGCCCCUAAGAUCUUCCAGGCUUUGUGCAAGGACAGCAUUUAUCCAGGGUUUCAGAUGUUUGCUAAAGGCUAUGGGAAGAACAAUGAACCACUGAGAGGAUAUAUUCUAACAUUUUUAAUUGCUCUUGGAUUCAUACUAAUCGCCGAACUGAAUGUCAUUGCUCCAAUUAUUUCUAAUUUCUUCUUGGCCUCAUAUGCCUUGAUUAACUUCUCUGUAUUCCAUGCUUCUCUUGCGAAAUCUCCAGGUUGGCGGCCUGCUUUCAAAUACUACAAUAUGUGGAUUUCUCUCAUUGGAGCUAUUCUGUGCUGCAUUGUAAUGUUUGUCAUUAAUUGGUGGGCAGCACUUCUAACCUAUGUAAUAGUCCUUGGGCUUUACAUCUAUGUCACUUACAAGAAGCCAGAUGUGAACUGGGGAUCCUCGACUCAAGCCUUGACUUACCUGAAUGCUCUGCAGCAUUCCAUCCGGCUCUCAGGAGUGGAAGAUCAUGUGAAAAACUUCAGACCUCAGUGCUUAAUUAUGACAGGUGCUCCAAAUGCACGUCCAGCUUUGCUUCACCUUGUCCAUGCUUUCACCAAGAACGUGGGCUUGAUGAUCUGUGGCCAUGUACAUAUGGGUCCUCGGAGGCAAGCCAUGAAGGAGCUGUCAACUGAUUUGGCCAAAUAUCAGCGAUGGCUAAUUAAAAACAAGAUGAAAGCUUUCUAUGCACCAGUGCAUGCUGAGGACUUGAGGGAUGGAGGACAAUACUUAAUGCAGGCUGCUGGUUUGGGUAGAAUGAGACCUAACACCCUUGUUGUUGGAUUUAAGAAAAACUGGAGACAAGGUGAUAUGAGAGAUGUUGAAACCUACAUCAAUUUAUUCCAUGAUGCCUUUGAUGUUCAGUAUGGUGUAGUCGUCAUUCGCCUCAAGGAGGGCCUGGACAUUUCUCACCUUCAAGCCCAAGAUUUGCUGUCAUCCCAAGAGAAGUCUCCCUGUGCCAAGGAUGUCAUAGUAAAAGUGGAUUAUAGCAAGAAGUCUGAGACAGACACUUCCAUAGCUUUUGCUCCAUCAUCCAGUGAAAGGACUCCCACUCCACGCAAAGAGGAGGAUGAGGAUGGAAAGACUCCAACACAGCCACUGUUGAAUAAAGAUUCAAAGAGCUCCUCCUCUCCUUUAAAUGUGACUGACCAAAGACUUCUUGAUGCCAGUUCUCAGUUCCAGAAGAAACAAGGGAAGAGUAAUAUUGAUGUCUGGUGGCUCUUUGAUGAUGGAGGUUUGACACUGUUGAUUCCUUACCUUAUCACAACCAAGAAGAAGUGGAAGGACUGCAAGAUCAGGGUGUUCAUUGGUGGAAAAAUAAACAGGAUUGAUCAUGACAGAAGAGCGAUGGCCACUUUGCUCAGCAAAUUUCGGAUAGACUUCUCAGAUAUUAUGGUCCUUGGGGAUAUUAAUACUAAGCCAAAGAAAGAGAAUAUUGCAGCUUUUGAGGAAAUGAUAGAGCCCUUCCGACUUCAUGAGGAUGAUAAAGAACAAGAAGUUGCAGAUAAAAUGAAGGAGGAUGAACCAUGGAGGAUAACAGAUAAUGAGCUUGAGCUUUACAAAACAAAGACUUACCGACAGAUCAGGUUAAACGAGUUGCUGAAAGAACAUUCAAGUACAGCUAACAUAAUUGUCAUGAGCUUGCCAGUGGCACGGAAAGGGGCAGUUUCCAGUGCACUGUACAUGGCCUGGCUGGAAGUCCUCUCUAAAGAUCUGCCACCAAUCCUGCUGGUUCGUGGGAAUCAUCAGAGUGUCCUCACCUUCUACUCCUAAGAGUGCUGCCCGUGGCACAGCUGUGAUGGAAUGGUACUGCAGUGCCCAGGGGAGAGUGACUGCCGUGGUCUACAGCUCAUUAACAUCACAAAGGCAAAAAGUGACUCUUCUUUCACUAUUUCACUGACUUGAAAGCACACAAGGAAAGUCACUGUAUUUCUAAAAGUUGUGACAUCUUCAGUUUUAUUCUAUAUUUUCUGUAAUUUAAUCUUGCUUAAUGGGGGAGGAUUCCUUGUUAGACUGAAGAACAAGACGAGCUUUUUGUUUGCUAUUUGAAUAGCAGCAAUAAAAUGUUGUAUUUUUGAUCAAUGAAAGGAUUAUAGAUUUAUAAAAGCCUUUUAGCCUUGAGGUGCCUUCUGAAAUUAACCAAAUCUCACCCAUACAUCCUAUUUUGUAAAUUUAUAUAGAAUGUCAAAAUCUGCCUUCGACUAAGAGUUUCGAUCAGACUUCCUUUAGUUUUUAGUCUAUUCCAUAUUACAAUAAAAAUGAAUGCUGCUUUUCAGUCUUCCAUUGAGCUAUUAGUUCUUAGUACUGUAUGUUUUCUAUCGUCAGAAAGUUUUUUUUGGUUUUUUGGUUUUUUGUUUUGUUUUUUUAAUUAUUGCAUCUGUUAGAUUUAAAGGUGAGAAUUGGGGCAGGUCAAUUGAACUAAAGCGAAUCCUUGAUGUUACUGCCACUAAGUUUUGUAACAGUUAAAAUAAAACUAAUUCUGCUUGUAGAGAGGGUCCUUUUUCUCAAAUUUGACAAUGUGUGCUCCUUUGGCAGUAGUCUGAGACAGACAGCUGAUUUUAUCUACCUUGGCAGAGGGCAGUAUCCUCUUAGUCUUAGCUCUGCUGUGAAAUCAAGCUCAUCUUGCUGGCUGAGGCUUCCUACCUUAACACAAAUUGGAAGAAAAUAAAAGACCUGUCCUAGUUCUUGGCCUCUUAUGUUUUAGUGUCACUUUCAACUUAUUUUUGAAACAAAACUCGACUUAAGGCUUGAAUGGGGAUAAUAUAAGCAAUGUGAUGCUAUCUAACAGAAAACAGUAAACACUAUGUGGAAUUGUGCUAUCCAGUAUGAAAUGUAAAAGCUGCAGUUCUCUCGCAUUUUUCAACAAAUGGUUAAACGGACCACUAAGUUCUUAGGGGAGAUGUUUUUAGGUCAAUUCAUUCAGUUGUCAGAAAAUUAAUUAAAGUCUUAUUAAAUAAUACUCAGGUUUUAUCGUCUAGCAAUUUUGAUCUAUUCCAUACAUCCUACUUUAUACAUUUUCUAUGUUCAAUAAAGAAACUGCCAGUCUUGUGUGCCCUUUCAUUGUAUAUUUUGGAACUUUCAUAAUUUAGUCUACUGCAAACACCUGCAAAAGAAAUUUCACUUGAGCCUUUGUAUAAAGGUUAGUAAUGUGAACUGUUUUUUAAAUUCCUGAUAUUUUUUUGGAUAGAAAGGAUUGCCUAAAAACAUUUCACAAGCUUUUGAUAAUAGCAUUGGACAUGCUACUGGAUCAGUUUACCAGUGGGUGAGUGACUUUCAUUUAAGGAUGCACAGAAAAGGUUUUUUGGUUGGUUUGGUUUUUUUUUUUUUUUUUUUUUUUUUUUGUUAUUCAUUUGUUUGGUUUGAGGUUUUUUUUGGUUUUUGUUUUUGCUAAAUACAGGAUCAAAUUGAAAUGUAACUGUUCCUUUUGAAGGACAAAGUAUAAUCAUUGCGUGGCAAGGUAGAGCUUCAACUUCUUGUGAUUAAAGAUAAAAAUACACUGUGCAGUGUACACUGUUGUCAAGUUCUUGGUAAACUGCUAAAAAUCCUUCUUUUUUUUUCCUCUUUUUAAAUUUUUUUUUUAAUUUUUGCCGUUUCUGUCAAUUGGAUUUGAGACUAUGGAAUCAUUUCACUUUCUCAAAACUUCUAAAGAAAAACAAACAUGCAUGUCUCGCUGCUAAGUGUGAGAUAACUGAUGCCAGCAUGAACCCAGCUUGUUAUGAUAAAACAUUGUAAGACAAGACAGACAGUGUGGGGUCAGAGUGAUGUUUCCUUCCAGGUGAGGGGAUGUGGAUCAAACUUACCAACAUAAAUAUCACAGGUUUUACAGUGUUUUGUAGGGGAUAAGGUCACAUUGUGCAUAUGGAAUCAUUGCCACGUUUCUCCUUGUUUUGUGGGUAACAUUCUUUUGAGCAGAUGGACAGUAUGGCAUGGACUUAGUGCUGCUAUCUUAAAAAAAAUUACAAAAACAAAACGUGCACAGGUACACUUAUUUAAAAAGGUUUAUUUGCCCAUUCAGGAAACCAUUGCUUGUGAUCUGUAAACACAACACAGAAACCAAAUGAAGUGUGUGUAUACAUGCAUAUAUGUGUAUAAAAUUAUAUAAAGUAUAUCUAAAUAUGCAUUAUGGGGAUAGUUAAGGUCAUGUCUGUGAAACACCAUAGGAUGCUUUUUCACAUGCACUCUCAGGAGUCCACUAAUGCUAUGAAUGAGGGCAAGUUCCAAGACUAUUUGCUCACCUUAAUUUGAACAGUUAAUGGUAAUUGUCUGCAACAGAUGUCAGUUAGUGGCAGUCACUCCAACUCCUGCUUUGAUUUUGAAGCCAAAUUUUACUUACGUUCCAAUCAUCAUUAAUUAAGUGGAAAAUUAAAUCACUUACACAUGGCAAUUCAUACCUUCUUAUAGAUUAGGUUCCUUCGUAUGGGUUUAGAAAGACAAUAAUAGCUGGUGAAAAUCAAUUAUUUAUUUGUUCACUUGUAUUUAGGUUUCCUUUUACAUACGUUCUUUUUAUAUGCUUUUUUUCUGACAUUACAUAUUUAAAAAAAAACAACUAAAAAUAAUUUAAAAGAUCUGAGUGUUAGUGGGUUGUGGCCCACUUGGUUUGAGGAUGUAAGAUUUGACACUGUACUGUAACUGUCCCACACAAAUGCUUUUCUAAUGUUUUAACGUAAUUAUUGCAGUUAAUACUUUGUACCAGGGGGAUGUCACUGCAAUAAAAGAAGUGAAUUCAAUACAA